UUAGAAAACUGGAAUCUCAUAGUACAUAACACGGAUACAAUAACGAGACAGAGUACAGGUACGACAGCGUCAAAUAUAGAUUUGAUUUGAUAAUAUCGCGUCCACAUUUAACCAGUUGCAUAAAAUAUACUGAAUCCAAUAUGUGUUUAGGGUCUGACCAUCAAAUUUUAAAUUUUCAAAUCUACACAAACGACGAUAUUGGACUGAACAGGGACGGUACAAGAACAAGGAUUAGCAACAGACUGAACAGAGACAAAAACGAGGUAAAUUGGAAGGAAUUUAGGGACCGAUUAGAGAGCGUAAAAAGUAAGUUUUUAGACGAAUUAAGAUUAAUCAAAGAAAUCGACGAGAAAUACAACUUGUGGAGAUAUACAAUAACGAAAUCCAUUAACUACAUCACAGGGAAAAAAACAGCUAAAAUCAGGAUCAAACAGUUGGAUAACGAGACGAAUCGACUUAGAAAUAACCGAAAAAAGAUCGAACAAAAUCACAACAAGAACAGGAAGUCCUGGUGAAAGAACAGUCCAGGAAAGAACGUCGAACAAACAGCUAUAAGGAUCGAAGAGGGUAUCUCGCAGCUGGGAGAUUUCCUAAGUGAAAGAAAACUCGAUCUCUCGACUGAAAAAAUAAAGACGAUAUUUUUUGGACGACAAUCAGAAUGAAACAAUAUCAUGGUAUAGCAAUAGACAACAAAUUGACAUUCAACGAACAUUAUCAAGAAAUAAUGGGUAAAGUAAGGAAAAGGCUGGUCAUUAUAAACUACUUGUGUCACGGUGAAAAGGGAAUCAAACAGAAUCAAGCCGCUCACGAUGGCAAGAGCAUUAGUAACAUCGGUGAUGGAAUACGGAGCAGCCGUGUAUAUGAACGCAAAGAAACAACAAGGGCUCCAAGAAGACUCGAGUCCAAGGCAAUAAGAACGGCGAUGGGAUACAGGAUUUCGACGCCAUUGAGUGUUAUGUAUUCCGAAGCUGGAUGGAUAGGGUAUAAGGAUAGAGUAAAAGCGUGUAAAUAUUGGAUGUCUCAAAUGGAAAAAGGCAUGUCGCAAAACCCCACGUUGAAAAUAUUCGAGGAAAUACAGAUGAGAAAUGGAUUUUCACAGGAUGGUUUUAGAAAAGAAAACGUUAACAUAACGAACAACAUAUCAGAGGAAGCAUUAAAAAAAAACGUACAAAUACAAGGACUUGAUAUACAAAAGAGAUUUAACGAAGGAGAGAAUAGAACACUGAAGAUGGUUUUUUAACAUCGAGCAACAGCAACCGAGAGAAAGCGGAAUAUUGUACGAUACAGAAACAGGUAGAUUACUGGAAAACAAACAGAUACCGACAAACAGAACGAUAGAUUUCUUUAAAUUUACACACGAAGUGCAGAAUGAUACAAUAGUUUUAUUUACAGACGGUAGUAAGAUCCCUGGAAGACCAGCCAACGGUAUAGGGAUUGUAACGUACAAGAACGACAUAAUCGAAAUGGAAGGUUUAGCAGUAUCUAACAAGUUUACGAUAUUCUCGACGGAACUAAUAGGAAUCAACAUAGCCUUAAGGAAAUACCUAGAAGACAGAAGAUGGAAGAACUGUAUAAUCCUGACAGAUUCGAUGUCGGCCAUAGAAGCCCUGAAAAACGUGGAGACAAAAUACAAAGAAUCGAGAGAGAACCCAUGGAUAGUAGAGACCUGGAAACUCGGAAGAGAAAUAAGACCUGGAAAAAUUGUGAUAGGAUGGAUCCCGGAACACGUUGGAAUAGAAGGGAACGAAUGAGCGGACAACGAACCAGAUAUACGUCAAAGUACCAGAUAUACGUUUCAAAGUUCCGGCCAAGAAAAUACUGACGGAUCUGAGACAGGAAUUCUGGGACAAGUUCAAAGAGAGAAUGUUAGACAUAGGUAAAGAAAAAGGAACGUUGUUGAUGAACGCGAUAGGCCCGGAUCAUAAAAGAUCAAGAUACAAGUCUUGGUUUCAGAAGUUUAGAGAGAAACUAAACAGAGACACGAUAAGGACCAUAUCGAGACUGAGAUGUAAUCACUACAAUCUGAAAGCUUCGCUGGCUAGGAAGAAUAUAAUAGAAGAACCAACGUGCGAUUGUGGACAAGACGAGGAAGACAUCGAUCACGUGUUGUUCGAUUGUGGAUUCUAUAACUUCGAAAGAAUCAAAGUAUGGGAGAGAUUAGGACCAGAGAUAGAUAAAGUCGGUAAAUCCGCGUUAGCACUUAUAAGACUGAACAAAGUUAAAGUACUUAAGACAAUCGAUCAAUUCCUAAAAGAGAUAGGGAAAAGAAUAUAAAACGUUACGUUACGAGACUGAAAAACGGACAAGCACCGUAAAGAGACAAGGACGAUAGGUAAAAGUUAAACUGUGAUAGAUAAAAUAUAGUUUAAAAAACUACCGCGUUGCUCUCGAUAGGGACAGGCCGGGACAAUAAUAAAAAACGGCAAUGACGAAACACAGGUGCAAGUAGUUAGAAAUAGGAAACAUAUAUACGUGUAAAAUAUAAGAAAAAGUAUUUAUAUUUUUGAUAUAUAGUUUUUUAUUGUCGUUAAUUAAUGCGAAUACAGAGUUACGGAGUAGCGCAAGGUAUAUGAGCAAAGUACAAAAAGCAAAGAGAUACCAAAGUUAAUGUUCCUAAAAGGAAAAAAAAGAAAGAGAAAUUAAUAUGUGAUAAAUGUACAAGGAAAAGCGUGAUAAACAGAGAUAUGUAAUAUUUUUAUAUAUUCUAUUUUUGCGUAGAUAUUCAUAUACAGUAUAGAGUAAAAAGAAAAAAAAAGUCUGACUGAGUAUUAAUAAUUGCAGCCUCGACUUGCAAAAAUUUAAAAGUAUUAAUAUAUCAUCUAUCUUAUAUAUUAGAGUUAAGUAUAAUAAGAAACCCAGCAUCCCCCUCCCAAGCGUGCGUGUGUGCGAGUGAGGGUAGGUACGAGAGAAGUUGCAAAUAAAAGAAAAGAAAAGAAAAUUUGUUGUAACGCAAAUAAAAGAAAAGUAAGUAUGGAAGAAGAACCGAAUGUGAAUGUACGAGGUCAUGCGUCUGAAUAAAUUACAGAACGGAUGGAUGAGUGUUAAAAAUAAAAAUAAAAAUGUAAAAAAUGUAUAAAAUGUAAAUAAGAAAAAGUCAGGCGUGGAAGAAUGCGAGAGUAAAAAAGAAUGGAAGGAUGAGUGUUAAACGGUAAAAAGAAAUAAAUGUAAAAGAAUAAAUAAAGUCUAACAAAGUUAGAGCAUGGAAGAAUGAGUGGCAAAGUUCGAAGAAUGGUAGGAAGAGGAACGGAAGGAUGAGAGCGAGAGAGACAGAUAAGAUAAGACGAAAGAACUGUAAAAAAUGGCACAUCACAAAAUAGUGCGAAAAGGAUGUAGAUAUUGUUCCUUAGUCACUUUAAAUAAAGACGCAAAUACGCAAAUGUUCAAGAUAAAAUACAUGUAACGAAAAGGAAAUGUACAAACGCGUAAACAAGUGCAAAAUUUUUUUUUAUAAAAACACAAGAAUAAUGAAAGUAUGGAAGAAUGUGAGAAUUUCCAAUGCGAUAGGAAAUGGGAAAGAACGAGUAAAAGACCUAGGGUAUAAAUGUAAAAAUCUCCUUGGAGUGGAAGAAUGAGAGAGUUAGAAAGAAAACAAAAAUGUAUUUAACAAGUAUGGAAGGAUGAGAGAGUCAAAGUAAAUAAGGGAUGGAGCGAUAGGUAGAAGCCAAGAAGGAACGGUAUGGAAGUAUGCGAGUAAAAAGGAUGAACAAUAAGGAAAAAUAAGUAAGAAAGGUACGGAAGGAUUAGAGUGAAUUCAGUAAACAAGAACAAUCUCCUAGGAAUGGAAGAAUGAGAGAUAAGGGAUGGAAUGGUAGGUAGAAUAUUAGGUGAGGUGACAAAGACAACGAAUCACUCAGUACUGUAACAAGGUUUGUAAUCUACCUUAUCUCUUAAAUAAAGACGCACAUACGCAAAUAUUCACGCCAUCUAUGAUCGUCUGUUUACAACAGAGUGGCAUUACCGACCUAAUUACCCACCAAACACACGGUCAAAAGCAAUAUGGCGUCGGAUUAAACAGCUACAUACGUCAAAAACCCUCAACUUUACA